GCACGGUCGUAAAAAGUAGUUACCAUUUUUUCUAACACUGUUGAUACUAGUAUGCCGUGUUAGAAUCGAAAUAACAAGUUCCUAAGUGUGAUUUAUCAUAGAAUAACCCUAGUUUUUCGUUCUUAUGCGAAAUAAUAUAUCACUCAGGCCUACGGCCUUCGUGAUAUAUUCUUACGUUAUAAUAAGAACUCAAAAACCACACUUGGGAACUAUUAUUUCUUAAAUAUUCUGAUAUGUUAGUCCCUACAACUUGUGCAAGUCCACUUCAUAUUGAUGACACAUACCAACGAAGUUUCAUUUGAAUUGAAUGGAAACUAUAGCAAAGUUCAGUUAACAAGAAAGUGUGAUACAUGGAUGGGGUUGUCGGGGGCAGGGAGUGCAUAAUAUAUCCAGAUACAUUUGAAGUAAAAAUGCAAAGAUUGGGGGGCAUGCAGAGAAGAUAAUUGAGCUUUUAAUGUAUUGUGGCACAUAGCCAUUCUAUCCACUUAAUUUUUAUUACAUUACUUCUUUAUUAUAAAUACAAAUACAACUACAGUCACUGUGAUGUGAGACUGCAGUCACUGAUAUCACUCUAGAUUUAUCUCCAACACAUUUAUAAAUCAUUGUCAUGUCCUUAAAAUCUUUAUCUGUGAAAGAUAUGGUCUGUCAUAUAGACCAAAGUCUGUUUUCAAUCAGCUAAGAUAUACCCGUACAUGUAUAACAAAGGUUAAUACGCUCAGGUUUUAUUGAAUUGCCUCAAAUUUCAAUUCCCUAUAACUUUUUUUACAGUGAAAAGGAAAUUAAAUUGAUAACUGUUAAGUAGAUAAAAUGGCGGCUAAGGUUAGUGACACUGUAUCAGAUGAAAUAAUAGACGUCAAAUGUUGUGUAUGUAUAUGGAAAAAUAUAACGCGACAAGCUGAAAAAUACUGUGUAGAAUGUCAGGACUAUUACUGUAUACCAUGUACAGACAUGCACAAAACUUUUCCGGCAUUGAGAGCACACAAAUUGCUGGAUAAAGCUGAUUUCACUACACAAAGUCAUGGUUUACAGUCAUCAUUACCAUGUUUCCCAACAGAGAGAUGCUCGAUUCAUAAAGCGAAACUUUUGGAUAUGUUCUGUAAGAACCAUGAUGAGGUUGUCUGUGCCACUUGUGUUGCUAUAAAUCACAGAACAUGUCUGGAUAUACACUCCAUUCCUGAUGAAGUUGACAAUCUGUACAAACAAUCAGCUUCUGAUAAAACGAAGAAACAACUCCUUGCAUCAAAGAAGAAUGUAGAAGAUAUAAAGAAAGCAAAACAACAAAUCCUCAGUGAGGUAAAGAAACAAAAGCAGAGAGCAACUGAUUCUAUCAUAAACUACAGAAAAGAACUGGAGGUAGAACUCAAGAGACUUGAAAAUGAAUUGAUCAAAGAACUUGAAAUGCAGUAUACUGGUAUGGAAAGUAAUUUACAAAGUGAGAUCAAGGAAGCAGAGGAGCAUAUAGAUGACCUGGAACAAUCUGUUGACAAGCUGCAAAAUUCUGUUGGAAAUAAAGCCCAAGAAUAUGUAUGUGUCAAAACUUCCCAGAAAAAAAUUGUUUCAACUAAAACUUUUGCAAGCUGCAUUCAAAAACAAGAAGAAGCAAAAAUAAUUUUUUCUGCAGAUAUGAAAAUAAAAAACUACCUAAAACAGUUAAAGACAUUAGGUCAGGUGUCCAUAGCAGAAGCAACUUACAAGCCAAGAACCACAGCAUACAAAGUAAAACAACAGAGAUAUAUUGAUACUAAGCUUAAAGAAGACAAAAAUAAAUGUUCAAUAUAUGGGUCCUGUUUUACUGAGGAUGGCUCCCUGCUGCUUGCUGAUUUCAAUAAUCUAAAGUUGAAACAUCUGGAUAUGUCUACAUAUACCAUCAUAGAUCAUAUAGAUCUAGAGUCGAAACCUAUUGCUGUAUGUAUAACCAGUAAACAAGAAGCUGCAGUAAGUCUUAACGGUAACAUCAUACAGUUUGUAUCACUUGGAGACAAGAUGGCAACAACACGGAAGCUGAAGAUGGAUCAUCACUGUGAAGGUUUGGCCUUCAAUGAUGGAAAAUUUUUCAUAUCUGAUCGAAACAGUACAGUUUAUAUUUAUGACAUAACGGGCACCAUGUUACAUAAAAUAACAAAUGACAAGUUUGGCAAACCAAUUUUCACUCGCUGUAGACAUAUUAGUGUGAGUACAAACAGAGACUGUGUGUAUGUGGCUGAUAUGGACAAAGGUGUGAUAACUCUAAACAUGCUGGGAAAUUAUCUAUCAACAUUUACUGAUCCUGAUUUAACUUGGCCUCAGGGAGUAUGUACAGAUAAAAGAGGAAACAUACUGGUCUGUGGGUGGAAAUCAUCAAAUAUUGUCCAGAUAAGUGAGGAUUCAAAAACACAGCUCAGCCUAAUCAAAACAGAACCAAAUCCAGGAUCAAUCUGCAUUGAUCCCUACCAGAACAAACUAGUUUUUACUCACGAAGACAGCAAUACUAUAAAAGUCUGUGAACUGGAAUAAGAUACAUUUACUGCUGCUGACAUCACAACUUGAAACAAUGAAUGAUCCCAUUCUUGAUUUUGUUUUAACCUUUAGCAUGCUAGAUAAAUUGUCGUCUGCUGGAAAUGUCGUCUGCUAAAACUGUAAAGUUCAUUCAAUUUGCUCCAAAAUUGGAAGAAAUAUUGUCAGAGUAGCAAACAGCUUGGAACCUGAUCAGACGCCGAUUUAAUCGGCGUCUGAUCUGGUUCCAAGCUGUUUGCAAAGGCUGUUAAAUUCGCCUGCAGCAGGCUAAGGGUUAAAUCAUACUAACACAAUUCAGGUCAAAUGACAACAUUCAAGCUUUAAUGAAGGAGGAAAAUCAAAGUGUGCUCCAAGUAGUAUUUCAGGCACAAGCAUGCACCUGGGUAGAACCACUGUACUUCCACAUAAACCAGCUACAUGGCUUCCUUGUAUGAUACCACAAGCAGGGUUUGAACCCAGAGAGCUGAGGGGCAAAUGGUUCUAAGUCAGCAGCCUUAAUUAGCAAUAACUUGUAACAAAGUUAUUUGUAAGCUUUGAUUUACAUAACUGUUAUUAAACAACCUUAAAACAAGAGCUGUCUCCGUAGGAUGACACAUGCCCCCGAUGGCACUUUGAAUGAAUAGUUAUGGCCGAUGUUAGAGUUUAGGACCUUUGACCUACAGAGCUGGGUCUUGCGCGCGACACAUCGUCUUACUGUGUCACACAUUCAUGCAUAGUUAUUUUAAAAUCCAUGCAUGAAUGACAAAGAUAUGGACCGGACAUGCCCAUCAAUGCACUAUCAUGAAAAAUGAUC